GGCUCCGCCGCGUCCCGGGCCCAUGGCGGUGGCCGAGCUGUACACGCAGUACAACAGGGUUUGGAUUCCUGAUCCUGACGAAGUUUGGAAGUCCGCGGAGAUUGCGAAGGACUACAGAGCUGGUGACAAAGUCCUGCACCUCCUGCUGGAGGAUGGAACGGAGCUGGAUCAGCCCAUCGAUCCCGGAGCACUGCCUCCGCUGCGCAAUCCCGACAUCCUGGUGGGCGAGAACGACCUCACGGCCCUCAGCUAUCUGCACGAGCCCGCCGUGCUCCACAACCUCAGGAUCCGCUUUGCCGAGUCCAAACUCAUUUACACCUACAGUGGGAUCAUCUUGGUGGCCAUGAACCCCUACAAGCAGCUGCCCAUCUAUGGAGACGCCAUCAUCCACGCCUACAGCGGGCAGAACAUGGGCGACAUGGACCCACACAUAUUUGCUGUGGCGGAAGAGGCGUACAAGCAGAUGGCCAGAAACAACCGCAAUCAGUCGAUCAUCGUGAGCGGGGAGUCGGGCGCCGGGAAGACGGUGUCUGCUCGCUACGCCAUGCGCUACUUUGCCACCGUGAGCAAGUCGGGCAGCAAUGCGCACGUGGAGGACAAGGUGCUGGCGUCCAAUCCCAUCACGGAGGCUGUCGGGAAUGCCAAGACCACCCGCAACGACAACAGCAGUCGGUUUGGGAAAUACACGGAAAUCAGUUUCGAUGAGAGGAAUCAAAUUAUAGGCGCCAACAUGAGGACGUACCUCCUGGAGAAAUCCAGAGUUGUCUUCCAAGCAGAAAAUGAGCGUAAUUACCACAUUUUCUAUCAGCUUUGUGCAUCCGCACAGCAGUCGGAAUUCAAGCAUCUCAGACUGGGGAGUGCAGAGGAAUUUCACUACACGAGAAUGGGAGGCAGCACUGUCAUUGAGGGUGUGAAUGACAGAGCCGACAUGCUGGAGACACAGAGGACCUUCUCGCUGCUGGGUUUCAAGGAGGAUUUCCAGAUGGACGUUUUUAAGAUCCUGGCAGCCAUCCUACACCUGGGCAACGUGCAGAUCGCCACAGCGGGCAACGAGAGGUCCUCAGUCAGCGAGGAAGAUACUCACCUGCAGGUGUUCUGUGAGCUCUUGGGCCUGGACAGCAGCCAAGUGGCUCAGUGGCUGUGUAAUCGCAAAAUCGUCACAAGCUCUGAGACGGUGGUGAAACCCAUGACCAGGCCCCAGGCUGUCAACGCCAGGGACGCCCUGGCCAAAAAGAUCUAUGCGCACCUGUUCGACUUCAUUGUGGAGAGAAUUAACCAAGCGUUGCAGUUCUCAGGCAAGCAGCACACUUUUAUUGGUGUUUUGGACAUUUAUGGUUUUGAAACCUUCGACGUCAACAGCUUUGAACAGUUUUGCAUCAAUUAUGCUAAUGAAAAGCUGCAACAGCAAUUCAACCUGCAUGUCUUUAAGCUUGAACAAGAAGAGUAUAUGAAGGAAGAUAUCCCUUGGACUCUGAUAGAUUUUUAUGACAAUCAGCCAGUUAUUGACCUGAUUGAAGCAAAAAUGGGCAUUUUGGAGCUGCUGGAUGAAGAAUGCUUGUUACCACACGGAACUGACGAAAACUGGCUUCAAAAGCUGUAUAACAAUUUUGUCAACAAGAACGCUCUGUUCGAAAAGCCUAGAAUGUCGAGCACAUCCUUCAUCAUCCAGCACUUCGCUGAUAAGGUGGAGUAUAAAUGUGAAGGUUUCCUGGAGAAGAACAGAGACACCGUCUACGACAUGCUCGUUGAAGUCCUGAGGGCCAGCAAGUUUCAUCUCUGUGCCAACUUUUUCCAAGAAGAUCCGGUUCCUCCUUCCCCGUUUGGUGCAAUGAUCACAGUUAAAUCCGCAAAGCAAGUCAUCAAGGCCAACAGCAAGCAUUUCCGGACCACAGUCGGGAGCAAGUUCCGCAGCUCUCUGUACUUGCUGAUGGAGACCCUCAACGCCACGACCCCUCACUAUGUCCGCUGCAUCAAGCCGAAUGACGAGAAGUUGCCGUUUGAGUUUGACUCCAAACGAAUUGUGCAGCAGCUGCGAGCCUGCGGCGUUCUGGAAACAAUUCGCAUCAGUGCGCAGAGCUACCCUUCCAGGUGGACGUACAUCGAGUUCUACAGCCGCUAUGGUGUUCUCAUGACCAAGCGGGAGCUCUGCUUCAGUGACAAGAAGGAGGUGUGCAAGGUGGUUCUGCACAGGCUCAUCCAGGAUUCCAAUCAGUACCAGUUUGGGAAGACCAAGAUUUUCUUCAGAGCAGGACAGGUGGCGUAUUUAGAGAAGCUCCGGCUGGAUAAACUGAGGCAGAGCUGUGUGGUGAUCCAAAAGCACAUGCGAGGCUGGCUCCAGAGGAAGAAGUUCCUGCGAGAGCGCCGGGCUGCCCUGACGAUCCAGCAGUACUUCCGGGGUCAGCAGACCGUGAGGAAAGCGAUCACUGCCGCGGCCUUGAAAGAAGCGUGGGCAGCCAUCAUCAUUCAGAAGCACUGCCGAGGGUACCUGGUUCGCAACCUGUACCAGCUGAUCCGCGUGGCCGCCAUCACCAUCCAGGCCUACACGCGCGGAUUCCUGGCGAGGAGGAGGUAUCGCCAGAUGCUGGAGGAACACAAGGCCGUGAUCCUGCAGAAGUAUGCACGGGCGUGGCUCGCCAGACGCAGGUUCCAGAACAUCCGCCGAUUUGUGCUCAACAUUCAGCUCACCUACAGGGUCCAGCGUUUGCAGAAAAAGCUGGAAGAUCAGAACAAAGAGAACCACGGGCUGGCGGAGAAGCUGACCAGCCUGGCCGCUCUCCGGGCCACAGACGCCGAAAAGGUUCAGAAGCUGGAAGCAGACCUGGAAAGAGCGGCCGCCCACAGGAGGAAUUACGAGGAGAAGGGGAAGAGAUACAAGGACGCUGUGGAAGAGAAACUGGCCAAGCUUCAGAAGCGUAACUCAGAGCUGGAGGUACAGAAAGAGCAGCUACAGUUGAAGCUUCAGGAGAAGACUGAAGAGUUGAAGGAAAAGAUGGACGGCCUCACCAAGCAGCUCUUUGAAGAUGUGCAGAAAGAGGAACGCCAGAGAGUGCUUCUUGAAAAGAGUUUUGAGCUGAAAACACAAGGCUAUGAAAAGCAGAUCCAGUCUUUGAAAGAAGAAAUUAAAGCACUCAAGGACGAGAAAAUGCAACUCCAGCAGCAGGUGGAGGAGGGGCGCAUCACCAGCGAUGGCUUGAAGGGGGAGGUGGCCCGGCUGAGCAAGCAGGCCAAGACAAUCUCUGAGUUCGAAAAGGAGAUAGAACUACUUCAGAGCCAGAAGAUAGACGUGGAAAAACACGUGCAGUCACAGAAACGGGAAAUGCGAGAAAAGAUGUCAGACAUCACCAGACAACUUCUUGAAAGCUACGAUAUUGAAGACGUGAGAAGCAGGCUCUCCGUGGAAGACUUGGAGCAUUUGAACGAGGACGGAGAACUUUGGUUUGCUUACGAAGGCCUAAAGAAAGCAACACGUGUUCUGGAGAGCCAUUUCCAGUCCCAGAAGGAUUGCUAUGAAAAGGAGAUAGAAGCUUUGAACUUCAAAGUGGUGCAUCUCAGUCAAGAAAUCAACCACCUGCAGAAAUUAUUUAGAGAAGAGAACGACAUCAACGAAAGCAUCCGUCAUGAAGUGACCAGGCUGACGUCAGAAAACAUGAUGAUCCCAGACUUUAAACAGCAAAUUUCAGAACUAGAGAAACAGAAGCAAGAUCUUGAAAUCCGCCUGAGUGAGCAAACUGAGAAAAUGAAAGGAAAACUGGAAGAGCUGUCCAAUCAGUUAACUCGCACUCGAGAGGAGGAAGGGGCACACAGAAAGGCCGUAGAAGCCCCAGGUGAAGUGCACACCAGAGAGAAAGAGAAGCUGCUGGGUAGCAUCCCAGACACUCAGGAGGCUGGGGAGCCCUUGAAGGAAGGCCUUGAAGAUGAGCGUGAAGCUGCCCGUCAGAGCCAGCAGGAAGCAGCUCGUCUCACUUUGGAAAACAGGGAUCUGGAAGAAGAGUUAUACAUGAAAGACAGAGUGAUUAAAAAGCUACAAGAUCAGAUCAAGACUCUCACCAAGACCAUGGAAAAGGCCAACGAUGUGAGCUUGUCCUCAGGACCCAAGGAGUACCUUGGAAUGCUGGAAUACAAGAGAGAAGAUGAGGCCAAACUCAUUCAGAACCUCAUUCUUGACUUGAAGCCCCGCGGUGUGGUGGUGAACAUGAUCCCCGGGCUGCCGGCUCACAUCCUGUUCAUGUGCGUGCGCUACGCAGACUCUCGAAACGACGCCAGCAUGCUGAAGUCGCUCAUGAACAGCACCAUCAAUGGCAUCAAGCAGGUGGUUAAGGAACAUCUAGAAGACUUUGAGAUGCUGUCCUUUUGGCUCUCCAACACUUGCCAUUUCCUCAACUGCCUGAAGCAGUACAGUGGAGAGGAGGAAUUCAUGAAGCAUAACAGUCCACAUCAGAACAAGAACUGCUUGAACAAUUUUGACCUCUCUGAAUACAGACAGAUUCUCAGCGAUGUGGCUAUCCGCAUAUAUCAUCAGUUCAUUAUUGUCAUGGAAAACAAUAUACAGCCGAUAAUAGUGCCCGGCAUGCUGGAGUACGAGAGUCUGCAGGGCAUUUCCGGCCUCAAGCCCACCGGCUUCCGGAAGCGGUCGUCCAGCAUCGACGACAUGGACGCCUACACCAUGACCUCCGUGCUGCAGCAGCUGAGCUACUUCUACAGCGCCAUGUGCCAGAACGGCCUGGACCCCGAGCUCGUGCGGCAGGCCGUGAAGCAGCUCUUCUUCCUGAUCGGGGCCGUCACCCUCAACAGCCUCCUCCUGCGCAAAGACAUGUGCUCCUGCCGGAAAGGGAUGCAGAUAAGGUGCAACAUCAGCUACCUAGAAGAGUGGCUCAAAGAUAAGAAUUUGCAGAACAGCUUAGCCAAGGAAACGUUGGAGCCCCUGUCCCAGGCAGCCUGGUUGCUCCAGGUCAAGAAGACCACGGACAGCGACGCCCAGGAGAUCUACGAACGCUGCACCUCGCUGUCAGCUGUGCAGAUCAUCAAGAUCCUGAAUUCGUACACACCCAUAGACGACUUUGAGAAAAGAGUGACCCCGUCUUUUGUUCGCAAAGUGCAGGCUCUCCUAAGUAGCCGGGAGGAUUCCUCACAGCUGAUGUUGGAUACCAAAUACCUCUUCCAAGUCACCUUUCCUUUUGCCCCAUCUCCACACGCUCUGGAAAUGAUCGAGAUCCCCAGCAGUUUCAAGCUGGGCUUUCUCAAUAGAUUAUAG